AGAUUUUUAAUUAUCGCUCGAAACGGUCCUAUCAGUAGAAUAUGUUUCUUCCAUAAGGAAACAGUUCAAGAUGAGAGAUAAAAUAUUUAAUUUUAGACGAUACAGUUCGUUGCCUAAACUGCCGGAAUGUGAUUUUGUUCCUAAUCAGUAUAAGGGCCCUUCCUUUAAGAAAAUGGCAGAUAUUCGGAAAUCUUGCUUAAAUCCUGUCCUUACAACGUACUACAGUAAACCCUUGGCAAUUCACCAAGGGCACAAACAAUGGCUGUUUGAUCUGGAUGGCAAACGAUACUUGGAUAUGUUUGGCGGAAUAUGCACAGUCUCCGUUGGUCAUUCUCAUCCACGAAUAUCAGAGGCAGUUAAUGAACAAAUUAGGACUUUGGGACAUUGCUCCAAUGUGUACUAUCAUCCAAAAAUACACGAAUACGCGGAGAAACUUGCAAGCAAGCUACCCGAGAAGCUAAAGGUAAUUUACUUCGUAAAUAGCGGUUCAGAAGCCAAUGAUUUAGCGGUGCUGCUAGCAAGAAGCUUCACUGGAAAGCACAAUAUAGUGUCUUUCCAAAAUUGCUACCAUGGCAUGACCUACCAGACUAUGGCUCUGACUAGUAAUGGAUAUUAUAAAUAUCCAGUCAUGCAAAAUCCUGGCUUUUUUAAGACUAUGAAUCCGGAUGUCUAUAAAGGCAUUUGGGGUGGCAGCCAUUGCAGGGAAGGACCAGUACAAGCUGAUAGAAGCUGCAGUUGUAAAAUUGCCGAAUGUGAAGCGGGCCAGAAUUAUUUGAACCAGUUCCAGGAAGAACUGAAGUAUGAAUUUCCUGCAAAUGGCAUUGCUGGAAUUUUCGCUGAAAGUAUUCAAGGGGUUGGUGGUGUAGUCCAAUAUCCCACAAACUACAUCAAGGGAGUGCAUGCCACAGUGAAAGCAUCCGGAGGAGUAUUUGUUUCAGAUGAGGUUCAGACUGGUUUUGGGAGAACUGGAGACCAUUUUUGGGGCUUUGAGUCGCAUGACAUCGAACCCGAUAUUGUAACCAUGGCUAAGGGAAUUGGGAACGGGUUUCCUCUAGCUGCUGUAGCGACUACCGCUGAAGUUGCCCAGAGUCUAACAAAGGCUACCCAUUUUAAUACCUUUGGCGGGAACCCAAUAUCAUCUAUUGUUGGUUUAACCGUUCUAAACAUAAUUGAAGAAGAAAACUUACAAGAAAAUUCCAAGAAGGUUGGGACGCAUCUUCUACUUGAACUUGAAAAGCUGAAAGAACAUAGUGCGAAUGUUGGCGAUGUUCGAGGCCAAGGCCUAAUGAUUGGUGUAGAGUUGGUGUCAGAUAAAGCUACCAGAGCGCCUUUAGAGUCAAGUAAAUUCAUGACACUAUGGGAAAACUGUCUGGAAAUGGGUGUAAUUCUCGGGAAAGGAGGACUGCAUGGAAAUGUCCUACGUAUUAAACCUCCCAUGUGCAUCACCAAGGAAGAUGCUGAUUUCACAGUGGAGGUUUUACAACUUGCAUUAAAUCAACUUUAGCCAAUGUACACGGGGGAUUGACUCAUCUGUUGUAAAAUAAAUAUACCAAGUAAAACAACAUUAUUUUGCAUAUUGCACGAUGCAAAAAAUAGCUGCUAAUCGAUACAUUUUAUGUACAAUCUAAAUAUUCGCUUGUUUUUACUAUAAUAAUUAAUACUGUAUUAUUUAAUUGAAGUUUUCAUUCGAAAACUUGAAGUAAAUAAUG